AUGAGUCGGAGAUAUUCAUUUGACGACCGAGAAGUAGUUCGGAUCAAUGAGUUCAAGAAGCAGUACCCUCAGUGGAGCUGCGAGCCUCUGACGGCGCAGAAGCGCGCCAUCUUUAGCAUCAUUCGCGACAAGAACACGCGCAAGGACGAAUUUGUAUUUUAUGCCGACCGCAUGACACGAUUGUUGGUCGAGGAGGCGCUCAAUCAGAUGCCGUUCGAACGCACCACCGUCGAAACACCCGUGCAGGAUGCCACGGCACCCGCUACCAAGUUCGUUUCCAAGAUUUGCGGCGUCUCUAUUGUACGAGCCGGUGAGUGCAUGGAAGGCGCUCUCCGUGCUGUCUGCAGAGGCUGCCGCAUAGGCAAGAUCCUCAUACAACGCGAUGAAGAGACACUUGAACCCAACUUGAUUUACACCAAGUUGCCGUCAGACGUGGCGGAGCGGCAGGUGCUGCUGAUGGACCCGAUGCUUGCGACUGGCGGUAGUGCCAUCCGUGCAAUCGAGGUGCUCAUUGACCAGUACAAUGUCCCGGAGGACAAGAUCGUGUUCAUGAACCUAGUCGCUGCCCCGGAGGGGGUUCAUCGGCUAUGCAAGCGGUUCCCCAAGGUCAAGGUCGUGACCGGCGUACUCGACGACAGGCUGAACGAAAAGGGCUACAUCGUCCCCGGCUGUGGCGAUUUUGGGGACCGGUAUUUCGGCACCAUCUAG